AUGAAAACCGAGCUUCGCAUUGUGCACUUCAACGACGUCUACCACGUCCCAUCCUUAGACCUCCUCUCGCGCUUCACGCACAUUCAACAAUCAUUCCUCGGUCCCAACAAAGCUAACGGCCUAACCAUCUUCAGCGGAGAUGGAUUCUCUCCGUCCCUAGAAGCCAGCGUCCUGAAGGGCGAGCACAUGGGGCCCGUGUUGGAUUUCGUAGGGGUUGAUGUGGCGUGUUAUGGAAAUCAUGAUUUCGACUUUGGAGAUGCCCGACUCAUCGAGUUAUCCAAAGGUGUUCGGUUUCCGUGGGUCUUGUCUAAUGCGUUUCAUUCCCCGGGGAAUGGGGCGGAGAGCAGUAAGGCGUUACUCGGGUGCGCGGAGGAGUAUGUUAUCAGGACGAUUGACGGGGUGAGGGUUGGGCUUUUUGGGUUGGCAGGGACUGACUGGCCCUCUAACUGCGAGAAUCUCCCCCCUUCAAUAAUCGCAUCACCCGUCGAAGUCGCGAAGCGUCUAGCAAAGCAUCUGCGAACGCACGAGAGCUGCGAUGUAGUUAUUGCGUUGACGCAUAUGCGGUUGGCAGAGGACAUGGAAGUUGCGAAUGCCACGUUAGAAGGGGAGAGUAGAGUCGAUCUACUCCUGGGCGGGCAUGAUCAUGACGUUUCUCGGCGGUUCACAGGAGAUACGGAGACUAGAUCUAGGAUCAUCGAGCAAGGGCAGGAGAACGCGGAAAUUGUAUGCGAUGGCCUCGUCCGUCAGACUACGGGGGAUAUCCGAAUCGUGAAGAGCGGAACAGACUGGCGAAACCUGUCUCUUGUGAAAAUGGAGUUCGAACAAGGCGAGGACGGAACAGUGGCUGUUUCGACAGACUUAACCCAAUACACCGACAUUCAGGCCGCGAUAGAAUCUGCCCCUGCGCCGCCACAGGCAGCAGAUAUGUUGUCCGCAAUCCAUGACCGCGUCGGCAUCAUUGUCCAAGAACCAGCCCUGCAUACCUCUGUCCCGCUCGACGGCCGCAGCACGGUGGUUCGCAGCCAGGAGACGAAUCUUGGGAACAUGCUGGCUGAUGCAGUGCGGGCAUUCUAUAACACCGACAUCGCGUUCUUCAAUAGCGGUGCGAUUCGACCGGAUCGGAUCCUCGGUCCAACGGUAGAUGGACGACCUUUAUUGGUUCGGGAUAUCAUCAAUAUAUGUCCCUUUGAAAACCCCCUGGUGGUAAAGCGAAUGCCAGGGCGAAUCCUGCGCCUAGCUCUCGAAAACUCCAUCGGCGACAUGCACUCCGACGGCCGAUUCUUCCAAGUCUCCGGGCUCCGAAUAACCGCAAGCUGGGACCGUGAGCAGGGGGAUCGCAUCCUGGAGAUCCUUCACGGUGACCAGUCCGGACACAUAUCGAAACUGGACCCAGAGCGAGAAUACACCGUCGCCAUGUCAUUGUUCAUCUCACUGGGAUUCGACGGGUACAGCUGGUUUCCGAACGAAGAUACACUGAUAGGCGAGGAAGCUGCUAUGACUGAUACGGGUCUUGUGUUGCAGAUCUUUGGUCAUGGAGAGGGGAUUCAAGGUAAUGAGGCUCAUAUUCAUGGGAUAGCGCGGGCUCAGGGCGUGACGAUCUCUGGGAGGGCCGGUGACGGGUUUCCUGUUGUGAGUCCGGUGGUUGAUGGGAGGAUACGGUUCGUGGGGUCUGAUUUCAAUAAUGCUGAAUAG